GGAGGGGGUGAAUGGAUGGUCAUUCCCGUCGAAUUCUUCGACGGUGAGACGGAAAAGGGUUAUUUCCGGGUCUGGGAAUCUCGGUCGGAACUUGAAAAAGACCACCAGCAUAUUCCGCGCCUUUAUCUGCGAGGUGUUGUAAGCAGAAGGGGUUACCAACACUCGUCCGGUCUCGCCAGGAAUCGCCGGCAACCGAGGACUGAACAAGGAGGGGGAUACCAUGCUGAAUCGUAUCCCUCCCCCAAAGCCCCCACUCCACUCCUUCGCUGCUCCCGCCUGGCGUUUCCCCUCCCGGUCCCUCCAUCACCGCUCCCACCUCCUCCUCCUCCUCCUACGUCUAGUCUAGCCAUUCGGAAUGAUCAGUUCAGUUGUGUUCAGGAUACCAUUGAGUGUGAACCGUUCGUCCGGCGCGCCUCUCGCUCCCCGCUGACAUCCCAUUUUUUUUCCCCUUUCGCGCUGACACCUUUCUCAUUAGACGGAUCACCACACCACCUUUUCGGGAGAUCGGGUUCAACAGAUAUGUGGAGUAUGGACCUAAAAGGAGCGCAGGAGGCAUUCCUGGCAGUACUGCAGCAAAUUCCACAGCCUGAAACACGUAAAGCUUUUCUGGCCUGGGUAGAUGACACAUUCAUUAGAGGAGUUCCACCACCAACACUGAUGGUGUGUCCACCUCCCUGUCCACCACCACAACUGGUCCAGGCUUGCACUCCUGAUCAUAACUCAGGAGAUUUAAAGCUGCGUAAGAUUGCUGAUGACUUGAGGGAGAUUAUGCCACUGAAUGCCAUUUUGCCAUCAGAACAGAUCACUUUCCCAUCUGUUGGAGAAAAUGCAGACUGUGAUCCAACACACACACUCCAUGUUGAUGCAUUUCUUUAUGAUGAAGACAUGGUCGAUGAGCUCUGUGAUACCGGAGAGCUAGCAAGAAAUUAUUGUGUGGACUGUUCUUCACAUAACACACAACCAAUAACAUACAUCAGCCAUUCUGCUUCAAGAGAAAGAUUAGCCUAUAUUUUUCGAGCUUUGCUGCCACCCAUACCAGAAGACACUAUAUUACUUGACAUUGGCUCUAGAUUAGGUGCUGUGUUAUAUGGGGCUCAUGUAUAUACAAAAUGUCAGAGAAUAGUUGGAGUAGAGGUUAACCAAGAUUUAUGCCAAGUUCAGCAAACAAUAAUUAACAAAUAUCAGUUCCAAGAUCGAAUUCAGGUAAUUGCAGGAGAUAUCCAAGAACAGGGUGAGGUGGUACGUGCAGCUGACAUUAUAGUUCUUAACAAUGUUUUUGAGUUCUUCAUGCCAGCCACUGUCCAGGCUCGUGUAUGGGCAUUCCUUCGUUCGAAUACCAAAAAAGGCUGCCUACUUGUGACUAUACCUGCUUUAGAAGACUCAUUACAGUAUGUAGAGUGUGGUUUCCGUCUUCAGGAAUGGGUCAGAGAGGUCCCACCCCAUGAUCCCAACAUCACAGCACCCUUUGAUUUUCAGAGUGAAACCUCAGAAGUCAAACUUUAUCAAGUCAUAUGAGAGUUAGCAUUGUAACCUAGGUAGUGUUAUUGGUAUGUAUAAAAGUCAGUGGAAAGAAUUGUACUGGUUUGCUCAGUAUAGAGCCACAAUUAUCAUCUUAUGGUAAUGAGUGGCAGUUAAUUGAGAUCGAAUCUACUUGUCUUGCUUUGUUAAUGAAUGGAAUUCAGUCAGGAAUGAGCUGCAAUGUAGAGAAUAAUUUUUAAAAGAAAUCUGACUGUAUCCCUCUUGCCAAAGAUUUGAGCAUUUUGGAUGUUCAUUUUUAUGUGAUGUCAUCAAAUUGUAGAAAGAUUGUUCCAUAUGUGCUGUUUUAAGUACAUAAAGUUAUGUAUAUAGUAUGAAAGUGCCAUGUCUAAUGGUUUUUGCCUUAAAGCACGUCCGGGCGUUUCUCAUUUUAUUUUUUAUCUGGAGUUGCAGCACAGAAACAUGCAAGUGUCUAAAAUUUUGUCUUUAAAUGCUAAAUUUGGAUUGUAGUAAUCCAGAUCUUUUGUUACACCAAAUUGCAAUUUGGUUAUACAAGGUUUGUUUCAUGUUUUCCUUACUUUGGUGCCCUUAUAAUAGUGUCAUUCACAGAUGUCAUUUUGAGCAUAGUUUUCUAUUUUGGCAAUAAAGGGAGACAUGUUUGUGCACUAAAAAUAUUUUUCUGUUAUGGUGAUAGGCAAAAGCUUUUAAUUAUAUAUACGUAUGUACCAGACUUGAAAGUAUGAAGGGAAGCUGUAUUGCUUUUCCACAUGUGCCUUAACAUUUUUUUUUUCUUCAGAAAAGUAAUGAUUCUGCACUAUCAUGCAAUGAUUGUUAGUCAUCCAUAUGAUGUAUAUGUUGACCUUUUGUGAGAAUCUUACAUGAAAGCCAUGUAGUACAAUGCUUGAAAGUACAUGGCUCUGGAGAUAAGAUUUAUCAUAUCAAUUAACAUUUCAUGAGAAUUUGUGCUUUCAAUUUGUAUCUAUAUUUAUUAUUUAUUGGCAUAUGCCAUAGAGUAUUUUCUAUAAAUGUUGAAUGAAUCAGCAUUACAGUUCAUUAGAUCUCAUAUGAUGAAAGUUUGUAGUCACAGAAGGUAAUAUUUGAACUUGAAACAUUUGAAAAUUUUAUGAGGAAUAAUGGAAACAUUUCAUCUGUAUUGUAGUACAGACGAACAUAUUAACAUAUAACCUUUCUUUUACAUCUCUACCCACAAUUGCAGUACAUAAUCCUUACAAUGUGAUUCCUUUCACCCUUUAUCAAAAUAUCUUCUCAUUUCUGAGCUCUGACAAGAAUUUUACACUUUUGUAUGCUUUAUUUCUGUUUGUGUAACUGAAUUAUCUCAAGGCUUUUUCUUCUCAAUAACUUAUUUUCUAUUAAUUUGAGGUAAAUAAUUGGGUCCACAUGUUAUUGUUACACUUAAUCAUGUUUGUAUUUUCUAAUCAAUCACUUUUGUUGGUGAAGAAGAAUUCAUGAGUUUUUGGUACUCUAAAUGUAUACAUACUGCAAAUGCCAUUCCUUUUAUCACAUUGUAACAGAGUUUAUUUUUACAGCUUUGCACAAGCCAGUUAGAGGCUUCUUACUGGUUACAGCUAACAGCAUUAUUCCAUGCUUAUGUUAGUUACAUCUGAAUAUUUUAUCUUCAAAUUAGCCCAUUAGUCGUAUUAAAAGGGUGUAUCAUUUAAAAGCUUUUUAUUUUUUUGCGUAAUAAAAUAGCAUUGGUUUGAAGGAUUUAUUCUAAUGUAGAUCUUUCAUUUAUGUCUUACUCCAAUUUUGACAGUUCAGCCUGUAAAGACAUCCAUUUUCAAAAUUGGUCUAUAGAUGGGAUAUUCUUCAUAACUUUAAUUCAUGUGUCAAUUAAGAAGACUAAGAGUGACACAGGUGGCCUGGUUUUACCAUUCAAUGAUGAUAACACUUGUGAACCUCAUAGUGUUUGUAUUUUUCUGCAUUUGAACUUAUUCACAUCAGCUUAGAGUCAAUACAGAUCCUUGUCAGCAUAUUAUCUACCCAGCCUGGUUAGCAUUUAAACGUAUAUGUACUACCUAUCUCUGGAUAACAUAUUCAGCUCUUCUCUACUAAGCUGCAGAGCUUUGUGAUGUCAAUGCUUUUAUGUGUUUUUUUUUAUUUUUUUUUUUAAUAUUCAUGGUGUUUGUUACAAAAUUUAUAUAUUUUGUUGCAUAUAAAGUUUGCCACCUCUGGUUUUUGAGCUCUGUAGUAAGUCAUAUGUAGUCUUGGGGAUGCAACCAUAAGGCUGUGAGUUUAAGCCCCAGCUGGGUCUAGCAAGGUAAAUGCUAGAUGUAUAAAGAGUAAAGAGAGGUAUUAUAUGUUUAUAUUGUGUCCAUGGUUACAGUAAAUGAACACUCCAAUCAAGGAGGUUAAUAUGUUUAGUUCUUAAAAGCUUGGACCUAAUUCACUUUUCAACCUCCACUGCUGUUUAUUUUUCACGUACAAUUUUGAUUUUGUACGCAAGGUUUUAACUGUAUACGUACAGGGGUUUUGAACUGUAUUAUCUCAGCCUUACAGUUAUAACCACCAAAAAAAAGCCUGAUUCCUCAUUAGUUUUAACUAUGGCAUCAUAUGUCUAUAUAUAAAUAAUACUUUGUCAGUUUCAAUUUUAAUUAUGUCAUUUUUAUGUCCAUGGUUUGCAUUACUGUACAGUAGCAUUAUUUCAUGAAUGGUAUGCAACGAAAUAUACAAAAAAAGCCAGGGAAAGACUGUACUCUUGAGGAAACUAUUUUGCCAAAUGAUAUGGAUCUACUCAAGGGUGUCAGUUCUAGUGUCAUAUCUUCAUCUUCUAACUGUUUGCAUAAACAACUGAAUAGAAAAAAUGUUGUAUUUUUUCUUCAAAAGCAGUCUAAAUGAGAAGUUUGUACAUUCAUGAUUUUAAAUAAAAUGAUUAAAGAGUAGUUCAUAAGAUAUGACAUAGUACAAUUAUGCAUACUACAGUAUACUCAUUAAAAAAUACAAGUACGUACUAUAACAACAGCAUUUUUUCAAAGAUGCUCUGUUGUUAAAAAUAUCAUUUACUUCUGAUCAUUAGGAAGAAUUUAUCCUCAUUGCUUGUUACUUGUUAGAUGAAAGAAAUAUUCUGAGCAGUUUUGGAUCAAGUUUCCACAAAACAUAGAACUUGUUUCUAAAAAUUGUGACUGAAACCUACACUUACAGCAAUCUUUAGAGAAAGGUGAAAAAGAAUCUUAGAACUGUUUAUUAGUUCUAAUGCAAUAGCGUAUGAAUUUACAUAUAAAAAUUUAAGAAAAUUUCAGUAUUCCAUCAGCGAUACUGACUUAGUCUGCAAAUCUAUGAUUUUAAACAUUUAUUUUAUUCCCAACUUUCUUUCUUUGAGGAUUUCUUGCACAGACUUUGACUUUAUAUUAUAUUUUCUCCCUUCAUCUAUAGCAAGGUGACUUUAAAAAUUUGCUUUUUUUAUGUUGAAAAAUUGCACGAAUUGUAGUGAUUUAAGUUUUUCUUUUGCAAUUUAUCAUUUUGCAGCAAACCUUUUUGUUUUAAGUCUACAUUGCCGUCUGCUUUCGUAACACAGUGUUGUCCUUUGCCUUAUUGUAUUAUCAUAUUUGUAAAGACUUUUGAACUUGAUUACUUAAAGAAUUGAUGUAGAAUACAAUUACAGUAUAGCUUACCAUGAUGAUGAGGCAGUAAUACUUUUGUAUGCGUUAACUGGUAGGAUAAUGUUAUGUAUGAGAAAUAUUUUUUGUAAAACACAGACUUUUUAUAACUGCAAAAAAUAGAUAGCUUAAAGGCUU